CACAAGACGUUCAUGAUCAAGAAGAAGCUUGCUAAGAAGAUGAGUCAGAACAUGCCCAUUCCCAAUUGGAUUCGUAUGACGACUGGUAACAAAAUCAGGUACAAUGCCAAGCAUAGACACUGGCGUAGAACCAAGCUUGGAUUUUGAGGUGUUAUAUUUGCGGUUUGUCUUAUUCAACAGAGUUGAAAUUUUCUUAUUUUCAUUACUAGCUUAAAAAGAGAUGCACUUAAGUUUUA